CCAUGUUUGUCAUGCCAAAAUAAGCCCACUUUUUUGUUAACAUCCGUAGUAACAUCUCAUAAGAACGAAACUGAAGAGUAUAACUACUAACGUGAUGUCUGUUUUACCGUGUGACGAUCUUGCUACAGACGGAGCUGUCGUCGAUUUCAUAGACGGGUCCGAGCAGAUGAGUGUAUUCACCGACGUCAAACCCAAAGAUUUGAAUAUGAAAGGGGGUUACAGUUUUAAUGAUUUGAGUAAAGAAAAGACAGUAAAACAUCACCACUGCAGUCGUAGUGUUUGUUUAUCAACGAAGAAUGAAAAAAAUGACAAGAAAAAGGGAAGAAUAAAGGCCGAGAAAGGAUACAAAAGAAAUCCAUCUGAAGAGAUCAAUGGGGUUAAGAAACUUGAAGGCUACAUGAGAGAUGUGAAUGGGUAUGGAGUGAACAACAUCAAAAACAGUCAGUUCUAUGAGACUGUGCCUGUUAAAAUAACAGUACCUAUGGAGAAUAUAGCAAAUAAAUUAAAUACAACUGAAGCCACCAUACAGAAUAGAGAACCAGAUACAGUUAUUAAGGUCAAGGUUAAUAUGGUUAUUAUGGAUGAGGAUGGUCAGGAAGUGAGGAAGACCAUUAGUGAUGUUAAACGAAAUGCAAAAGUAGACAAAUAUGGUAUUGGCAUAGUGGAUGGUGUUGGCAUAGUAACAAAGGUAAAGGAGAAAAGCAGUUCAGAUUUUUGGAAAGACAUCAAAGCUGCGGAUGAAAGUAUUGAUGCAGUCACUGAGAUGAUGGAAAGAGCUGAGAUAAAUGAUGAGGGACCAGCAAUUAGGGAGCCAGUUGAAGACGAUGAAGAUGAUGCAGCUUACCAUGUGUAUCAGAGACAUGGUGAAGAGGAGUCGAUUGUAACAAUCACGCCAAAAAUUGUCGCAGUUAUGGAAACAACUGACAACGAACCCAACAGAGUAGAUGAUCCCAUUGAUUGUCUGAGUGAAUCAAUCAGUCAGGUGAAUUUGAGUAAAAAAUAUGUACCCCUGGAAAAGCACUUAAAAAAAACUAGAAAUAAAUGUAUUAAAGACAGAAUUGGAGUUAAUUUGAGAUAUCCUGACAACAAAGAGAAUUUAAUGCUGGCAAUGCGUGGUGACAGUGAUACAGUGACAACUUCGCCCAAUGAUGAAAAAGAGAGCAAUGUCACCCCACGAGGUAUAAACAAUGACAGCGGACAACAGUGGGGCAACAACACUACCCAUUUCUCGUUUACUGGAGCGUCACGAGCAACUAUGUAUCAGCAAAAUCACUAUGUUGGACCUUUCCCGAACUCAAUGAUGCCAGCUGAUCAUCAAACAUACAAUGUAGACACUCAAUAUCAAUAUAUUCAAAGCCCAACACAUCAUGAGCCACUUCAGUCUUCACAUAACAUCCAACAACAUUUUAGUCCUGAAAUGCAGUAUAAUGGAAACUUUGUCAUUGAUUCUCAGUAUCUAACCCAACCACCACAACCACAUCAGCCGCACAAGCGUGCACUGAACAUAGACCCCCUAGAAGAAGAUCGCUCUAAGCGGCUAUUUGUUGAGGAACAUUUGCCAGAAUUACCGGUAAGUGACAUUGAUAAAGUCCUUCCAAAUUCAGGAAAUCUGUAUGAUGAAAACACAUCAUUAGAAUCAAAUACUAAAACAACUACCAGUUAUACGGUAAGAUCAAAUGGCCUAGGUAGAGUCAUCGAAGCACAAACUCCAACUACCAUCAAACCGAUACUAAUCGAAAACAUCAUCGACUCAGAUGAGAGUACAAGGUGCAGUGUAUUGGGGAGCCCAAGUAUGUUUACAACUCAUGUAAAUAACGGUUAUGCUGCUUCCCAGGAAAGCUCUGUAGGAAGUCCUCAUUCAGCUGUCUCUUCUCCAGUCAAUAGUCCCUUCUCACCAACACCAUCGACGAACUCUACACUGAGCAUUGAUACUCCAAUGAUGGUGUCACCAGGGUCUAGUAUUAUAUCUUCAACCGGCCCUCCGUCAAACCUUUCAUCUCACACUUCAUUGGAAACCGGAUAUGAAACUGAUGUGUUUCAACCAGUUGAGGAAGAAGAACCCUAUACUCAAAGACAUAUUUCCCAUCCUCAGAUAACAGUGCACAAUGGAGUUCAGAAAAUUUUUUCAGAGGGAAAAUGGUUUUGCUUAGUACCAGAUCCAUCUACGUCGUUCAACAUGCCCCGUCAGCCGUCGCUGUCCGUUGUUGAAGACAUGGAAUAUAGAAGGAUAGAAGCCACUCAUAUAAAUAAACUUACCGAUAGUGAUGAAGAUGGUGACACAGCAUUACACAUUGCCACUGCACAGAGAAACACUCCAUUAUGCAAAGCUAUGAUAUUUAAACUUGAGAGAGAAAGCAAAAUUACCCUGGAUGCACAAGACAAUCUUGGUCAGACUCCACUCUCUCUGGCUAUACUGACUGACUUACGAGAAAUCAUAGAUUGUCUAAUCACAGUCGGUGCCAGUAUUUCAAAAUCUACACAUGAUGGACAGACGAUAUUUCAUUGUGCUGCAGAACGGGGAUUCGUUGAUGCUGUCCAGACUGUGUACACUGCAAUUGUACGAUACAACAAUAGUUUACCACAAUUUGAGGAAAAGGUUCGCCCUGACAUGGAUGCUAAGAACAAUGAAGGGCUAACAGCAUUACAUGUGGCUGUUCUUUCACAUGGUACCAGAAAAAGAGUGUAUGUCAGUGAGCGAGAAUCUGAUAUCAUCGUGGACAGUACAAAAAUGAUUGAAUUACUGCUUAGCAUGGGAUCAUCAACAUUGUGUCAGGAUGGCAAAUCUGGUAAAACAGCUUUACAUUUUGCGGCGGAGCGAGGGCUUGGAGAGUUGAUGACAAUUCUACUCAGCUGGCAAGAUGAACAGCGAGAGUUGGUGAACUAUCCCAUGUACAAUGGAAACACUACAUUACAUUUAGUUGUCGGUAGUAACCGACCAGAGCAUGAAAUCCUAAAAUUAGUAGAAAUACUAUAUCGUCAUGGUGCAGAUCCAAGCAUUGAGAAUGCAGAGAAAGAGAAAGCCAUCGCGUGCUCUAACAAAAAACACAAAAAGGUGAAUAAGAAGUUGAAAAGUGGCCAGACACAUUGA